AUGGCAGCCUUUGGCGAGAGUUUGGCCCUCGCGGAGGGCGGCGCGCUCCUGGAGGUGUGCGAGUUGUGCUACCUCCUCGCGCUGGCGCGCCAGGGGGCGUGCGAGGCGCGGCUAGCACCGCAGGAGCGGGCGCUGCUCGCGCUGGACGUGGCGGAGGCCGGCGCGCUCGUGGGCGCGCUGGCGCAGCUGCUGGAGCGGCAGGUGCGCCCGUCGGCCUCGGAGGCGGCCUCGCGCCCGCAGCUGGAGGUGCAGCUGGCGGAGGCGCUGGAGGCGGCGCGGCUGGGGCGCCAGUGGUGCCAGGGCUCGGGGGCUUCCCUAGCUUGCCUGGAGCCAUUGGCGUGGGCGCCGCGGGCGCGCCCCCCCCCUGCCCUCGGGGCGCCUGGCGACGGCGCUGGAGGCGGCGGCGGCGGAGCGGCGCUGGUUGGCGCGCUGGCCGCUGCAGGCGCUGGCGGAGCUGGAGGCGCGGGCGCGCCGCCUGGCGCGGGGCCCGCGGGACCGGGCGCUGCCCUCGGCGUCUUGGGAGGCGCGGUCGUCCCGGCUGCAGGAGCGCAGCUUGGCGGGCUCGUCGACGGAGCCUGGGCGCAGGCAGCCACCCUCGUCGGGGCCAACUGGAGCCAGGGCCUGGCCGUCGAGCUGCCGACCCACGACGUGGCGGGGGCGAUCAGUGGGACCGCACUGUUCGAGAUCGACGAGGUCGGCGUGCCAGGUGCUGGAGGCCAGUACCUCAGCGCGCAGUUCAGGGGCGCGUCGUUGCCUGCUGAAGCGAUGCGCUUUGACGGCGCAUUCCCUCCGCGCGGCGGCGGUCCUGCUGGGCUGCUGCACCUCUGCGCGCAGGGGCCAGCGCGGUGUGGCGAGCCUGCGCAGGCGGGCCGCGCCGUCCUGCACGUGGAGUGGCUGCGGCUGCGCUCGACGCGCGGGCUGGUGGAGCCCUGGGUGCGCCCGAGCGCCUUCGGCGGCCGUGGUGGCGGAGCUGGUCGAGGCGGUCCCGCUCCCAUUCCUGGCGGACCCGCCGCCGACCGCCUGGCAGCUGCAGCAGCUGCCCGCGCGCUUGCGGUCGGAGGCGGUGGCGGCCGCGGCGUAGCAGGCCGCGGCAGGCGUCGGGCUCGCAGUGAGUCUGGCAGCCGCAGCGAUGGCGAAGGCGAGCCGCGUUUUCGCGAUGCCCCCUCCCGCGGCGGCAGCGUGCGGCUGCUGGCGGAGAGACAGCCUGGCGCCCUCUACGACGAGGCGAUGCAGAACAUCGCCCGCGUCAUGGGCCUGCGGGAGGGGGCGGACGGUUCCGAGACGAGGCCGAAGGUGGUCGGCUACUUGCAGGCCAUAGUGUUCGGCCACCACCCCGUGACCCAGCUGCGGGUCAACGCGGUGCGCGAGCUCCAGACCUUGGCGACGGCGCUGGGCCAGUUGGAGAGCGGCUCUCUGCCGCAGUUGAGCGACGUGCUGAUGCAGAGGUUCAAGACGCUAGAGCUCUCGCUGUCGGACGCGGGCUGGCAGGUUGCGAGCGAGCUCGAGAUCGCCCCAGACGUGAGGCCGUCGCUGGCGUCGAUGGGCGAGCAGGAUCUGGCGCGGCGCUCGGCGCUGCUGCGGGGGCGCUUGGAGGAGGCCAAGAGCCGCGCGCGGGAGCUCUCGCGCGGCAAGGGCAAGGGUCGAGGAGACAGCCCUCACCCGCGCCGAGUUGCGCUGGCGGGGGGCCCCGAGCGCCACACCUUCAGGCAGGACUGGCGAGAGCUUGCUGGUACUGCUGGCGACUUGCUCCGUGAACCUUAUGGCGUGGGCCCGAUCCUUCUCAACCUCGUCAAGGAUUUCCCUGGUUCGUUCGGCCGCUACGUCCGCGAUUCCUUCAAACCUCAGCUGCGCGAGCAUAUGGCCACCAUGGGAGGUCGGCUGCAACGUGACUUGCUGCCGUUACAGUACCCUACCAUCGUGAAGACCGACGUCGUGCGCGACGGCGAUGACCUUAGCGACCUGAACUGGGGGGCGCUCCAUUGCAGGCUGGUUGUCGCGGUGCUGGCGCUCAACUGGGAGGCGGGCUUCCGCUCGCUGAAGUUCGCGCGCCAUUGCCGCAGGCGCCCGAACGCUGCUCAGCGGGCAGCCUUGGCGGCCCUGGGCCGCCGCCUGUACCUGGCGACGCGCAUCGAGACCAGCCUGCCUGCGGAGCUCAACUGGGAGGACCGUCUGAAGGACCGCAAGAUCGGCUACGGUGGCGCCGAGAUCACCGCGCCUCACAAGCUGACCUUGGAGCAGGUGCUGGACGGCUUGCCGCCGCCUGGCGUUGCGGCCUCGAUUGAGGCGGCCGAUGUCGCGACGGGCUUCGUGCGGGACGCGUUGCUGUCCUGGGCGGGUGCUGCUGCCGCCUGCGCUGCGCCGUGCGGCGCCGACUUCGGCGCGGCCCUGCAUGAGCGCGGGGUGAUCGGCCCGAUCUCCGCGCCUGACAUCGCGCACCGGGAUGGGUCGCCGCUGCUGAACGGAGCCUUUGGGGUUCCGAAGGCCCACGACGCCCCUGUCACGUGCCAGGGCGGGGUGCUGAGGCCCGUGCUCAGGCUCAUCACCAAACUGAUCCCGUCGAACGCCUGCCAAGAGUGCAUCGUUGGCGACGCGCCCGAGAUGCCGACGAUGAGCCAGCUGAACGGCCUAGUCUUGACGGAGUCCGAGGACUUGUUGUGGAGCGGCGCCGACAGGAAGGCCUUCUUCUACGUCUUCCGUGCACCGCCGCCGCGGCGGCCGUGCAUGGUGAUCGGGCCGCCCGUGCCGUCGCGCCUACUGGGCCUCAAGGACGGCGGCACUACCCACAUCUGCCUGCGCGUGAUCGGCAUGGGCUGGAUCAGCGCGGCGGGGGUCACGACUCAUCUUCACCGCAACAUGCUGCGCCGCAGCGGCGCGGUGCCUCGCGGCCUGAGCCCCAGCUGCGAGAUUACCCGGCGCCGCCGCCUGCCGCUCGGUGCAGAGAAGCCCUGCCCGCCUGCGUGGAUGGUGUACAUCGACAACUUAGAGAUCGCCGAGAUCGUCGACAAAUCGGAGGCCGACAAUUUGCGGGACGGGUCACCUGGCUCCCCGGGCAAGGGCCUGCACCGCGUGGUGCGCGCUACCACUCUGGGCGAGCUGGUUGAUGGUGUUGAGGGUGUCCGUCGGCCACCUGCAGGAUGCAUUACUGAGAUGGCCAGCCUCACGCUCUGGGUUCUGGGCAAAAGGCGAGCCAGCAUGCGAUUGAUUCGCAUUAUUCUGGGGCGCUGGGUUCGCGCGCACUGCUUCCGCCGCCCGCUGGCCGCGAGCUUCGCUUACACCUGGAAGUGGCUCAACGACCCGCGCUGUGGAGGCCGCUUCAGCGCGAGCGUGAUCGAGGACUUGUUGAUGUGCCUGGCCCUGUCGGGGCUCUAUGUGGCCGACAUGAGGCUCGAGGUCGAUCACCUGGUGACGGCGUCGGACGCGUCGGAGGCCGCUGGAGCCGUGGUGUACAGCACGGCGCUUACCGAGCGCGGCCGCGUCGUUGCGGGCAGGCGCCAGCGGCCCGCUAACGCCGCCUGCGAGGAGGAGACCGCCCUGAUCACCGUCUUUGAUGGCCUCGGUGGCGGGCGCAGAGCCUUCGAGACACUGGGCCUGGUACCAGCGGUGCACCUGUCGUUCGAGGUGGACCCGCAGGCGGUUCGCGUCGCGCGGCGCGCUUACCCUGGCACGCAGCACCUCGGAGAUGUUACAUCUGCUGACCCUGCUGCCCUGGCUGGUCUGCUGCGGGCCCGUGGCCGCAUCGCCCGCGCGGUGGUCAUCGGCGGCUUCCCGUGCCAGAUCUACGCGAGCUUGGACGUCGACCGCAAGGGCUCGUCGGACUCGCGCGCCUCGCUGGUCGAUCAUAUGGUGAGGGUCAUCCGAGGCCUGCGCGCAGCCAUGCCCGAGGUGAGCGUUGACUUCCUUGGGGAGAAUGUAGCAUCAAUGGCAGAGUCCGACGUCCUUCAUCUCAGCGGGUUGUUCGAGCGGAUCCCUUUGGAGGUUGAGGCUGGUGACGUCGGCUGGGUGAGGCGUCCUCGUCUCUACUGGCCGUCCUGGGACUUGCUGCCGUCGUGCGAGGCCAAGGCCGUGAUGGUGCUGACCAAGGGCGGCGCCUCUCGCCGCCUGUGCCGCGUGUCGCUGGAAGUGGAGCGCCCGCCGCUGGAGGAGUGGCUGCCCGCUGGCGCGCGCUGCCCUGGAGCGGAGGGCGGCGAGCCCCUCCCAACUUUCGUUCGCUGGACGCCGCGCUCGCAGCCGCGCCCCAGGCCCGCGGGCAUCGGGGAGCGCACGGCUGCUGAGCUGACGCGCUGGGAGGAGGCGGCCUUUGCGGCGCCGCCCUACCAGUUCCGCGACAAGUGGUGCAUUCAUUGGCCUGACGGGCGGAUCGCGCCUCCUGACGCGGUGAUGAGGGAGAAGCUGAUGGGCUUCGCCGAAGGCCACACCGUGCCCUGCAUGACCAGCAGUGCGGCGAAGGCCGAGCCCGGCAAGUACGAGGGGUUGAGGCGUUCGCUGGUCGGCAACUCGUUCCAGUGCGAGGUGGUGGCGUGGCUGCUGGCGCACUGGGCUGUCGCGGCUGGGCUGCUGGUGGCGGUGCCGCCCUUCUCCGAGCUGCACGGGAGCGCUCGGGCCUGGGCUGGCGGGCGGAAGCUGCGGGCUGGCGACGCCGCCUCGCUGCGACGCAGCCGCGCGCAGGUCGACGCGGAGGUCUGCGGCGAGCUGAUGGCCUGCAUCGCAGCCGCAUCGGCCGAACGCCAGCGGGCGGGCGAGCGGCCCGCCGCGGCGGCGCCGGCGGCGGCCGGCAGGCUCGUCUACGUCGGCCGCGGCUCACGGCGCUGGAGCCUCGCCCCGUCGUGUUUCGGCAACCCGUUCGCAGUGGUCCCGGGCUGCUCCCGCGAGGACGCGGUGGCGCUGUUUGCUGGAUGGCUGCGCAAGCAGCCCGAGCUGCUUCGCCGCCUGGAGGACUUGCGCGGGGCCAAGCUGGUCUGCCACUGCAGUCAGUCCGAGGCAUGUCAUGCAGAUGUGCUGCUUGCAGAACUGGCCAAACGCGAUGCUACGUCCUGGCGUGAUGCGGAUGUCUCGCGUAGGCUGGUGAUGGGUCUUGUGAUGGCGUGCCACAGCAAUGGUGCGGACCUUCGUUGCGACGGGAGCUCUGAGGAGCUCAGCAAAGUUUUCCCUCGGCAAGAGAUUGAUGCAGGUCUUUGGCAGUGGCGUAAGGCACGACAGCUGGUGUGGGAUGUUCCUGAACAUAUCAAUGUGCUGGAGUGCCAGGGAGCGCUGAUGAUGAUUCGAUGGCGCGCUCGAUCUUUGAGCCGACAGCAGCGAGUCUUCUUGCACCUCCUCGACAGCAUGGUCAACAUCGGCGCCCUCUCGAAGCACCGCUCCAGCAGCAGUCAGCUCAACAAGGUUGUGCGCAGCUUCUCGGCCUGGGAGCUGGCGAUGGGCGCGCGGGCAGCGCUCGGCUUCACCUUAUCUGCUCGGAACCCCGCGGACGCGCCGUCGCGCCUGAAGGAUGGGGAAGCGGUCUAG